CGGAAGUGGGCAUUGUUGUCGCUGACGUCACUCGCGGAGGACGCGGGCGUCCCAUUGGGUCGCCCUCGCGUUGGGUCGCGGCGCCGUCGGUCGGUCAGUAGCCCGGUCCCAUGGCCAGCACCGGCAGCCCCCUGUACGAUGCUGUUCCCAUCCAGUCCAGUGUGGUUUUAUGUUCCUGCCCAUCGCCACCCAUGGUGAGGAACCAGGCAGUUUCCAGCCCUCCGCCUCUAGCUGCCUCCGCUGGCAGCAGACCGGGUCUGAGCAUGGAGAGCGCUGCGACGGAGCCCCGGGCAAGUGCAGAGUCCUUGCAGCAGCUGCCUUCCCAGCCGCGGAAGAAGCGGCCUGAGGACUUUAAGUUCACGAAGAUUCUGGGUGAAGGCUCUUUCUCAACAGUUGUCUUGGCCAGAGAAUUGUCUACCUCCAGAGAAUAUGCCAUUAAAAUUCUGGAGAAGCGUCACAUCAUAAAAGAGAACAAGGUGCCCUACGUGACCCGAGAGAGAGACAUCAUGUCCCGCUUGGACCACCCUUUCUUUGUAAAACUCUACUUCACAUUUCAGGAUGAUGAAAAGCUCUAUUUUGGACUCAGUUAUGCCAAGAAUGGGGAGCUUCUAAAAUACAUCCGCAAGAUUGGCUCAUUUGAUGAGACAUGUACAAGGUUUUACACGGCUGAAAUUGUGGCUGCAUUGGAGUACCUUCAUGGAAAGGGAAUUAUUCACAGGGAUCUGAAACCAGAGAACAUUCUGCUGAAUGGAGAGAUGCACAUUCAGAUCACAGACUUUGGGACAGCAAAAGUAUUAUCUGCAGACAGCAAGCAAGCCCGGGCAAACUCCUUUGUUGGGACGGCCCAGUAUGUGUCUCCCGAACUCUUAACAGAGAAGUCUGCCUGCAAAAGUUCUGACCUGUGGGCGCUCGGCUGCAUCGUCUAUCAGCUUGUGGCAGGGCUUCCACCAUUUAGAGCUGGGAAUGAAUAUCUUAUAUUUCAAAAGAUAAUCAAGUUGGAAUAUGAAUUCCCAGAGAAGUUCUUUCCUAAAGCAAAAGACCUCGUAGAAAAGCUUUUGGUUCUAGAUGCUACCAAGCGGUUAGGCUGUGAAGAAAUGAGAGGCUAUGAACCACUCAAGGCUCACCCUUUUUUCGAUUCCAUUACCUGGGAGAAUUUGCACCAGCAGACGCCACCCAAACUCACAGCAUACUUGCCCGCCAUGUCAGAAGAUGAUGAGGAUUGCUAUGGCAAUUAUGACAAUCUCCUGAGUCAGUUUGGCUGCAUGCAAGUUUCCAGCUCGGCCUCUUCUCAGUCCCUGUCUUCCCCGGAGACAUCUCCUCCACAGACCUCGGACAACAACAUUGAGCAGUAUAUCCAUGACCUUGACAGCAACUCCUUUGAACUGGACCUUCAGUUUUCUGAAGAAGAGAAAAGGUUGCUGUUGGCAAAACAGGCAGGUGGAAACCCAUGGCACCAGUUCGUAGAAAAUAAUCUAAUACUGAAAAUGGGUCCUGUAGACAAGCGGAAGGGCCUGUUUGCUCGCCGGCGCCAGCUGCUGCUCACUGAAGGGCCCCACUUGUAUUAUGUGGAUCCCGUCAACAAGGUUCUGAAAGGGGAGAUCCCAUGGUCCCUGGAGCUGCGGCCAGAAGCCAAGAACUUCAAGACCUUCUUUGUUCACACACCUAACAGGACGUACUACCUGAUGGAUCCUAGUGGGAAUGCUCACAAAUGGUGCAAAAAGAUUCAAGAGGUUUGGCGACACAGAUACCACCAGAACGCUGCGAAAUGAGGCGGCAGCUGCUCAUCCUCCUCUGCUCCCUGUUUCCCUCCGUGCUGCUAGAGAGCCACCAGAGGACUCUUCCCAGCCCCAUUAACAACAUCCACUUCCAGGGCCAAGCUCUUUCCUUCCCAGAGGAAACCAAUGGAAUUCAGGGUUGCUUUACUUGCUUUGUGCUUUCUCAGACAGACCUCCCCCUGCUCCCCCUUCCCUCCUGGUCGACUGCUGCAAGUGAGCGGCUGCCUGCAGACUUCUUGCUGCUGUCAUUGCAGCCCAGAGCAUUGGGGACCCAUGGCUCCCGUGACUUUGCAAUUGCCAGCCCUGCCUCUGGGCUGCGUCUGGGGGCUUUGAGUGCCUCCCCAGAGUGGACAGCAAGCAAGCAAGCCCUGCUCCCUUCUCUCCUGCUGCUGCCCUGGCCCUUUCCCACAGCUAGUUUGCAGGCGCCUGGCUCCGGUGGCGGCGGCCUGGGGAGUUCUCUGGGCCAGGCCUGCUUCUGGGAUUCUCUGCAGAUGGUACUUUCUUUACUCUCAUGUCUUGCAAAUACACUCCUUUGCAGCUGGAAAGAGGGAAAUGCUGGACAUGGUGCGCGAAGCCCUGGUGGUCUUGUUCCGUAGCAUUUUAAACAUGGAAUUUUAAUUUGAUGCAUUUACAUGUUUAAAGAGCAUUGAAGUUACCAGCAUGCUUUUAACUAAUACUAACUGAGAGGUUAACUAGUUGGUAUGGAAACUGCCUUGGUGCAACGGAGAGCUGCUUUGCCUUCUUUCUGGAGGAGCGCCGGAGAGAGACGCUUCCUUCCUUCGCAGGGUCAGUCGGCCGGCCGGCCGCGGCGGAUGGACAGGAGGCUUUGGGCGGACAACCGGACAGAGGGGCAGAUGGACGGAGGGAGGGAGGGAGAGGCCGCUUGGGGGGGCGGGCGACACUGUCUGUACAAUUGAUGACUCGAUGCGUUGUCUCUGUAUAAUGAGGUGUACAAAUAUUCCUGCAUUGUUCGUUGGCGAAGCGUCGUCCCUUUUAGCAACUUUGGAGAUAUUUUACAUGACCUAAAUAUAUUUAAGCCUCCACUGA